AGUGGGAAGAGUGUUCCUUACAUUGGAGGUCAGUGGGAGGAAUGUUCCUUACAUUGGAAGUCAGUAGGAAGAAUGUUCCUUACAUUGGAAGUCAGUAGGAGGAAUGCCCCUUACAUUGCUGGUCAGUGGAAAGAAUGUUCCUUACAUUGGAGGUCAUUGGGAGGAAUGUUCCUUACAUUAGAGGUCAGUGGGAAGAGUGUCCCUUACAUUAGUGGUCAGCUAGAGAAGAAUGUUCCUUAUAUUGGAGGUCAUUGGGAGGAAUGUUCCUUACAUUGGAGGUCAUUGGGAGGAAUGUUCCUUACAUUGGAGGUCAGUGGGAAGAGUGUCCCUUACAUUAGUGGUCAGCGAGAAGAAAGUUCCUUACAUUGGUGGUCAGUGGGAAGAUUGUUCCUUACAUUGGUGGCAGUGUAAAGAAUGCCCUCUUUACAUUGGU